UUAUUCUGAUUCAAAAGCGCAUAAAUAAUUGUUAUGCAUUUUAAACAAAUUGUGCAAACACCGUGAAUUACAAGUGCCAUAGAGUAGACAUUGACAUGUGGUUGGAGUUAAGAGCAAGCGAUAAUUGCUUAAUAACAACAAAGCACAUUGAUUGAGAACUCAAAAGAGCAAAAAAAAAAAAGGGACAUCGACAUCGAUUUUUUACACCCUUUUCUUUUUUUGUGCAUAUAAAUUAGCACACAAAGAAGCGUGCGACAAGUGUGUUGGCGACAGGCAAAACCGAAGAGGCCGAAGCAGAGCUUUGUUGAAUCCAGUGGCAGUGCCAAACCAGAGGGACAGACACGGAAACAAACGCUCAAUGAGCGGGGGCGGCAGAGAGGAACACGAGCAGCAGCAGCAGCAGCAGGCGCGGCAAACAUCGCCAACGCCGUUGCCAGGCGUCUCAAGCGCAUCGACAUCGGCAGCCGCAGCAGCAGCAGCAGCAGCUAUAGGUGGCCUGGCAGUGGGAGUAGCUGCUGGAUCUAGUGGUGGGCGUGCCACGCCUGAAAUGAAACGUUCAGCAGUGCGCAGCCUUAUACAGCGGUAUUUCCAUCAAUUGCAGUCGGGCUGUGGCAAUGCACAUUGCACGAACGCCAACUGCGCUUCCAGCGGAAAGGUAGCAUCCAUGACGCCCAAUGAGGUGGCCGCACGUGCGCUGCAACUCUUCUCACAAGACGCACAGCUCUGCGACAGUGCCUCGCCAGCUCCGCCAGCCAGCAGUCCACAGCAGGAUGUAGAUAUGCUCUCACCGAAUGACAGCAGCAGCAGCAGUAGCAACAGUUCGACUAGUACCAUUACUUCCGCCAGCACAACUACGACAACCAGCACACAAUCCCAGUCUGCGCCGCAGAUCGAAGGCGAACGCACCACACGGCCAGGCAUGCUCAUUGAUCUGCUGGGAAUUCCAAAUCCUACGACAACUGCAGCCGCACAGGCAGAAUGCGCUUUACUAAAUGUUGACGACUCGGGCACCUGCACGCCCACGCGGCAGCCAACUGAGUUCCUAGACGCCGAAACACUGGAGGCCCUGUAUGAGCAGGGCCUGGCGUCGGACAGCUACGACAGACUGUGUCAAGCCAUAGCCGAUGUAUUUUCUAGCGUGGAUCGUCUAAGUAAGAGCUUUGUGUGUCGGCCGGGUCAGGAGCGACGGCAUUUGCUGGAAAAGUCGAAGAGUGGAAUGAACAAGGAGCAGCUGCGCGCCCUUGAAGGCGAACAUGAUAAGGACGAAGAUAGCACACAAGAAGCUGAAACUAACGAACAUCCCAACGUUAGCGAUAAUGAGCAGGAGCCAGACGAUGACGAUGAUGUACCCAUGCGUCAACCUAACCCUGACCCAAGCGAUGAAUUUUUGCACAAACCCUGCAGAGUGGAUUUUCGUGGCUUGCGUCAGAUUAAGCGUUUGCUUUUCGGCUCCGCCUGUCAAUCCAUCUCUGAAAAGGUGACCAGUUGCGUUGUACAGCUGGCGGACUUCAUACGCUAUAUGCGACUCUACAGGCAGGAUUCCUGGGAGCAAGUGCUGCAUUGUCUGAUCAUCUGCUUCGACAUGGUCACCAACACAACGGCCAGCAAUAGCCAGACAGACAUGGAGUAUGUGGACCGUGUGCUCUCCAAGCUUUGCCAUGCAGCAUCAAACAUGCCCGUGCGUGCUCAGGCGCGUUUGGCAGUAAUCUGGAGCGAAUACUGUCCGGAUCAGCUGCAGGAGCUGUUGUCCAUGUGCCAGCAGCAGAUAACGCUGGAAGUGCUCUCCGAUGAGGAGUCGGUGCGAGAGAAUGAGAAUAUCAUAAGCGUGACCAAAGUGCUAAAGAUUGUAUUCUAUGCCAAUAUCUUGAGCAGCGAGCUGGAGCGUCCGUCUUGCCGUCAACCGCUGGAGCAGGCCGAAGGCGAAGGCGCAGCUGCUGCUACCGCCACCGAAGAGGGCGAGGAUCUGUUUAUGUACAGCUCGCUUUCACAGCCCCACAUGCCGAAGUUUGCAGAGGAUCCAUUGGAGAAAUCCCUGCAAGUGUCAUACAUUGACUGCCGAAAUCCGCAUGUGCCACUGGAGGAGUUCUACAAUGAGGCGCUCAGCGAGCAUAUACAAAUGCAUCAAGACUAUUUGUCCUACAAGACGCUGGCCAUGGAGAGCGAGCUGGGCUCCAGUCAUACCAACUAUUUUUGCUUUAUGCUCUACGGUUUCAUACUAACGCCGGCUACCAAGGUGGAUGCCUUGUACUAUGACUGUCGCAUGCGUAUGUAUAGCGAACGCUACUCCUCGCUCUACUCCCGCAUGCACAGCUAUGGACAGGAUGGUCAGGAUGGUGCACGGCCUGAUCUCAAGCUGACUGUGCGACGCGAUCAGCUCAUAAACGAUGCGCUCAUUGGCUUGGAAUUGGUGGCCAUGAGCAAUCCUAAGGACUUGAAGAAGCAACUGGUGGUGGAGUUUGUUGGCGAGCAGGGCAUUGAUGAGGGCGGCGUAUCCAAAGAAUUCUUUCAGCUAAUUGUAGAGGAGAUUUUUAAUCCAGCCUUUGGCAUGUUUUUACUCCAUGAGGAGACUAACAAUAUGUGGUUCAAUGCCACACCAUUUGAGAAUGGCGCACAGUUUACUCUCAUUGGCAUCAUCAUUGGACUGGCUAUUUAUAAUAAUGUCAUCUUGGCCGUAAACUUUCCCAUGGUUGUUUAUCGCAAGCUUAUGGGAUACCGAGGGACAUUUUACGAUCUUUGCGAUUGGAGUCCCACGCUGUAUAAGAGUCUGAAAGACCUGCUGGAUUAUCAGGGCCAGGACAUGGAAGAGGUCUUUGAGCAGACCUUCAAAAUAAGCUAUAGCAAUGUCUUUGGCGAGGUGGUGGAGCACGAGCUAGUGCCAAAUGGUGGCGACGUGCUUGUCGGUCAGCACAAUAAGCUAAGUUUCGUUAAUCUAUAUGCGGACUUUCUCCUGAAUGUUGAUAUACAGCAACAGUUUAACGCCUUUCGCAAGGGUUUCGAAAUGGUUACGGACGAGUCACCGCUCAAGCUCCUCUUCAGGCCAGAGGAGAUUGAGAAGCUUGUCUGCGGCAGUCGCGAAUUCGAUUUUGUGGAGCUGGAGCACUCUACAGAGUACGAGGGCGGCUAUACAGAGGAAACGCAAAUCGUGCGUGAUUUCUGGAGUAUUGUGCAUGCCAUGCCACACGAGUCCAAGCGUAAGCUACUCGAGUUUACAACAGGCUCGGCUCGUGUGCCAGUUGGCGGUUUGAAGUGUUUAAGGCUGUUGAUUACGCGCCAUGGGCCAGACAGUGAUCGUCUGCCCACGUCACACACGUGCUUCAAUGUGCUGCUGCUACCGGAGUACAGCAGCAAGGAGAAGCUGGAAGAGCGUCUGCUCAAGGCAAUCAACUACUCCAAGGGCUUUGGCAUGCUGUAGUGUGUCAAAGUUUGUUUGGUUACACAUACCUCCAGCAUAGCAACAGAUACCACCUCCAGCAAACGAUGAUUAUUAAUUUUGAUGAGAUUUUUUGUUAGUUUUUUGGAUUCUAUGGCUUAUUUUUGAUACAAUUGUUCAAACGAGACAAUAUUCGACUUGUGCACAUGCUCAAUGUGACGCGAUUGGUGAGCAAGCGUGGGAGAGAGUGGCUGCUCCAAUUUAGUUUAGUAAACACUAAUGUUGUUUACUACAUUGCUCAGUUAUUUGUAUAUACCUUAAAAUAUUCGCAUACCCUUAUAUAUUUAUAUAUGUAAAAAAAAA